AUUGCAGCUACCUAAGAGAGAGAGAGAAGCCUAAAACACACUCUCAACCCAUUAGUUGCUUACAUACCACGUUUCUAUACCUUCCCAAUCCCAAACCUCCAUUUAUGGGCUUCUGUUCCUCACUCUCCUUUUUCUUCAUCCUUUAAGCUUAUAAGGUUUUUGGUUUUGUUUUGUUUUGUUCUGUUUUAUGGUUAUGGAGAAGUUAUGUGAAGGGGUUGGAGAUCAGAUGGAAUUGCCCCCAGGGUUUCGAUUCCACCCAACAGAUGAAGAGCUAAUCACCCAUUAUUUAUCAAAUAAGGUUCUUGAUUCCACCUUCUCUGCUAUUGCUAUUGCAGAAGUUGAUAUGAACAAGGUUGAGCCUUGGGACUUACCAUGGAAAGCAAGAAUUGGGGAAAAGGAAUGGUAUUUUUUCUGUGUGAGAGACAAGAAGUAUCCGACAGGGCUGAGAACCAACAGAGCCACGGUUGCAGGGUACUGGAAAGCCACCGGAAAAGACAAGGAGAUUUUCCGGGGUAAAUGUCUGGUGGGGAUGAAGAAAACUCUGGUUUUCUACAUGGGCAGAGCUCCUAAAGGUGUCAAAACCAAUUGGGUCAGCCAUGAGUAUAGACUUGAAGGUCAAUUGUCUCUUCAAAACCUUAACAAGCCAUCUAAGGUACAGAAUGACUGGGUACUCUGCAGAGUGUUUCAGAAGAGCUCAGGUGGCAAAAAAGUCCAUAUUUCCGGCAUGAUAAGAUCCAAUUACCCUGCCGGAAAUGGACCCCACAACUCCCCUCUCCUUCCACCAUUAGCCGAUUCACCGCCCUGUCACGGCGGCGCCGCCAAGGCCAACAGCUACGUGCACUGCUUCUCCAGCAAACAACAAGACAUGAAUAUGAAUAUGAAUAUGAAUUUGAUCAACUUUUCCCCAUUACCCAUUUCUCCAAUAAUCCCCAAUAAUCCUUUCACUACAAAUCCUCUCCAAAUCCCAUUACUCCCCAUGCAAGAUCCUGCAACCCUGAGGAACUGGCUCGCAAACUAUGGGUUCAAAACAGAGAAAGAGAUAGCCAGUGGAGUGUCUCAGGAGACUGGUCUUAGCACUGACAUAAACACCGAAAUCUCCUCCGCCGUGGGAAAGAGAUGUUUCCAAGACCCUCCAUCAACACCUCCACCAGGACCACAAGACUUUGACUGCCUCUGGAGUUACUGAGAAUUAAAUAAAUGUUGAAAAAUAGGCCAAAAAUAUAUAUACUCUCAUCAUUAUAAUUAUUGGUGUGUAGUGAAUUGUGUGUGCAUAUAUAUAUAUAUAGAGAGAGAGAGAGAAAGAGAGAGAGAGAUUUUCUGAAUUCCUGAGGUUGAUGAAAUUAUGUUGUUCAGCUUCUUCAUUAUUGUCUGUUAUUGUAAUGGUGGUGAUUGGGAUAAUAUUUAUAUAUAUAUAAUAAUCAAACACAAAAAUUUGUAAAUUACUAGGAAUCAACGUUAUUGUUUAUUGCUGA